AUGCUCAACUUAAACGUCCGCGAGCUGCGAAAAUUAGGCAAUAAAGAACGCCAAUUCCCACUGGUAGAGAGACAGGGUUCUAAGCGCAAGCAGCAGGAGUUGAAGCAAACGUUGACAGCCCGCUUGACGGAUAUUGUGAAGAAGGACGAUUCAGCAAUUGGCGACCGACCGACUGGGGGUCAGGAUCCCAACGGCCGUCCGAACAACCGGACAAUUGGAGACUGUCAUCUAGCGAAAUCACGUCUGUGCGACAGUCUGCCGGUGAUCGAAAUCCAGACAAGGCGUCAGCUGAGAAGAUCUCUCAAUGCAGCGACGGUCAACGCGGUCAAAAACUUCAUACAGCUGGCUUCAGCUCAAAAAAUAAUUGUUAUGUGUGGAGCCGGAAUUUCUACCGCCGCUGGCAUUCCCGACUUUCGAUCACCGGGUACAGGCAUUUACUCGAAACUACAGGAGGCUGGUUUGACAUGUCCAGAGGAAGUGUUUGAAAUCCAGCACUUCACCCGCCAUCCCGAAACAUUUUACGAAGUGCUGAGGAGCAUCUGGCGAUCAGACGUGCAUCCAACGGUUGCGCACUUCUUUAUGAGACUCCUGCAUGAUAAAGGCCUACUUUUGCGUGUUUACACGCAGAACAUCGAUGGAUUGGAACGAGCAGCCGGGAUCCCAGUCCACAAAAUAGUACAAGCUCACGGCACCCUCGAUAGCUGCCACUGUCAGCACUGUCAGGCAGUACACCCAAUUCAUUACUUGAAAAGCCAGGCAGCAAAAGUGGCGGUCCCGCGCUGCGUCGUCUGCAAAGGCACACUCCGACCCGACAUCGUAUUUUACAACGAAGAUCUGCCAAGCAGAUUUUUUGAUCUCUUGGACAGAGAUUUUCAGGAGUGCGACCUUCUGAUAGUCAUGGGUACGUCGUUGACCGUAACACCCUUCAAUCAGUUAAUUGAUAAAGUACGCAGCGAUGUGCCCAGACUGUUGAUCAAUGGAAAAGUAGUUGGUGUGGUAAGUACAGAUAAAAUGGCUGUUGUGACGUUCCAAUCAUACUUCUGCAGUUCCCUACUCUGUUUCAUUCGCCAUGAAAUUUUUUGUACAAGAAAGCUUUCGGGAGCAUUCUGGCUUCUGUAGUU